UGGAAAGGAAAAAAAAUCAAAUAAACAAAUAAAAAAAAAAACGAAAGACCAGAAACACAGUUCUGUCUCUGCUGUGCACAUCGAGGAAAAACCAAACGGGCAAAGUGGGAAUUUGGUUCCCGUUCCCAACUCAAUCCGAGUCGGCAGUGAUCGGUUGGAUCAAUUCCCGAUUUCGUACCCGAUCGUGAAUUUUAAGGACAGUUAAGUGUGAUUGAUUCGGUAUUUAUUGACAAUCGCUGAAUUUUGAUGAGGGUUUCUGACUCUGCGGGGUUAGGGUCCGGUUUGGGAGCUUUGAUUUGUGUGUUUUGGUGGGUUUUUCGUGGGAUUCGGUGAUGUUGGACUUCAGGGAAGGAGGGUGUGUGAGGGGGUCAGGGUUUUGGGGUUAGAACUAGGGUUCGGGUUAGGGUUAGUGUCUGGGCGGGAUGGUGGAUAUGGAAGGGAAUCCCAAGCUCGAGGGAGGCGAGGCUCGCUAUUUCAAGGGUGAUGAGGACAAGAACAUAGAUCCUGACAUUGCUCUUUCUUACAUUGAUGAGAAGAUUCAGAAUGUGCUCGGCCAUUUUCAAAAAGAUUUCGAAGGCGGGGUUUCUGCUGAGCAUUUGGGGGCAAAAUUUGGUGGCUAUGGCUCGUUUUUACCAGCUUAUGAACGCUCCCCUUCUAUUUUGUCUCGUCCGAAUUCUCCACAAAGAAACUACAAUGUGUCCAGAUCUAAUAAUUUACCCAUCGAGGGUGCCUCUCAGAAUUUGAAAGCUCCCCCAAACACAGCCCCACCUUCGAGGCUUGGUAUUACUUCCUGUAGUGCCCAUCAAUUGCAUAAAUCACGCGUUCUUUCCAUGGAUGUUUCCCUCAAACAAAGUCAAGUUAAUGAGAUGAGUCCCUUGAAAGAUGAAACUUCGAACAGACCGGGCAAUCCAACCGACCAAAGGCCACUUAAAGUUCGAAUAAAAAUGGGUUCAGAUAACUCUGGACGUGGGAAUGCAGCAAUUUAUAGUGGGCUUGGACUUGAUUACUCCCCAUCUUCAUCACCGGGGAACAGCCUGGAGGAGAGUGAAGGCGUGUCACCCAUAUCUCAAGGGACCUUUGAUAACUCUCCAGCUAGUAUCAUUGAGGAAAUGACAUCCUUCACCAUCCCUGGUGGGGUACUGAUAUCGCCUCUUCAUGACAGUCUGCUUUGCUUGAUGAGAAAGGAAAAAGUAUAUAGUAUCAGUAGACCCAUACCACCCCUUAAAGGACAUCAAGAACACUCUGCAAUGUUAGUAGAUGAGUCACGUUCAAUCAUGGGAAAUGGGAAAGUGUUUAAGGAAAAGAGAACAAAAUCAAUGAAAAGGGACAGGCUAGUAAAAUUGAAGUAUGGGGGUACAGGUUUGGAUGACACGACAUUAGAAAUGAAGAAAAUAUCAGUAAAUGAAAUCAUAGAAGCUAAGGAGCUUUUGAUUGGUGACUUGAAAUGCACUCACAUUUCCAAGUCAGUGAAAGAGGCUGGUGGAGUAUCUGAACUUCUUAGGGAGAGUAACAAGGAUGGUGGGAAAAGUAAAUUACUUGCCUCCGAAUUAGUGAAAGAGGAGUCUUCAGAGUCAAUAUCUGGUCAGGAACAUGGCAAGAGUCAGAAGCAAAAUCCUAGGAGUAGUUUAGUGGAAAAUGUUUGUGGAAACAGAGUGGUAAAUUCCCACAAGGAUGUUUUAAUCGACUAUAAGGAUGUCAGCAGUGGUCAGAAAAUUUCUGCCUCAAAAAGUUAUUCUGAUGAGUCCAAAUGUAAGGAAGAGCCAAAUCCUCAAAAAAAUAAGAUUGGUUGGAAAGCUACAUUUCGUGAAGAUGAUGAAGUUAAUCUUCCUUUUAAGACAGAAGAGCUGUCAUUUGAGGGCAAAAAGAAGUCAAAGGGGAUACAGAGUAACGGCAAGCUAGUUAACUUUUCAGUAAACGAAAGCUUCAGGCCUGGUGAAAGUGCAGAACCUAGUAAUAAAAGGAGUACUGGUUAUGGUGGUAUUGUCUGUAACAGUAAAGUUCAAAGGAAAACGUCACAGAAGGAUUAUAAGGGCAAAGAUAGUUGUAACGAUUCAUUGUCGUUAACGAAUUUAAAAGAGAAGGAUAAUCGAAUGGAUCCAGUGGAGAGGCCUGGUGGUGAUAGAAAAAAAGAUGCUAACCUUGGUGCUUUUGAAUUGCAACGGAAUGUGUUCUUGGAUAAAGGAAAGGGAAGAUCAAGUGGUAAGAAAAUUUAUAAGCAAUCAAUAUAUGGGCCAUCUAUAAAAGAUGCUUCAACUGCAUGUCCUAUUACAGAAAAUGGACUCGCUUCUGAGAUGGUACCACCAAUGGCAGUUCCAGUAGUUAUAGAAGAAGAUUGGGUACAGUGUGACAGAUGUCAGAAGUGGCGGCUUUUACCCUUUGGUACAAAGCCAGACCAACUCCCUGAUAAAUGGUUGUGUAGCAUGCUAAAUUGGCUGCAUGGUAUGAACCACUGUGACAUUAGUGAGGAAGAGACAACGAAAGCCCUCAAUGCGUUGUAUCAAUUACCAGUGCCUGAGAGUCAGAACAACUUACAAAAUCAUGUCACUGGAACUACAUUGGGAGUGUCCUUGGGUGAUAAGCAACAUCUUGAUGAGAAUAACCAGAAUUUGAGUUCCCAUGCCAUCUCUAACCGAGGAAAGAAAAAACCCGGGUUUAAGGAAAAAGCAAAUGCAGGAACCAUUGGUGGCCCCUUUCAAGUCUCUAACUCUACAAAGAAUAAGCUACAAGAAUCAGAGAAAAGCAGGAGCUUAAAUGACACAAACCAGCAUCUUGCAGAAGCAAAUCCAACGAAAAAAUCUAGUUCUCAACAUUUGAGUGUGUUGCACAACUUGGUUGCAGAAAAAGAUAUGCCUAGUCAGAGAGAAAAUCCAAUUAAUGGAGGAGGUGAUGUGAGACAAAUAAAAAUGAAAAGCAAGAGGGAGGCUGAUGAAUAUGGAUGUGGAACCUCUAAGAAGUCCAAAACAGAGGAUAUGCAUGCCGAUAAACACAAGACUCUCAAAAUGGGCCGUGGGAGGGUGGGUAUCAGUUCAAGUUCUUUCUUGCCAACUAUGGGAAGUGGAAAUGUUAUCCAGAAAUAUGAUGGAUUUUUACCCGAGGGCAGAAAGUGUGAUGUCAAUGACAAGGUAGUUGCUUCUGUUAAGAAACUGGGAGACAAAGUGAGGGUCCCAUCUGACGGUGGAUCCCUGGAAAUGAGAAUGUCUAGCAAAAAGGAUAUGUCUUUGAAGAAAAGGAAAUUGAAGGACCAGGAGAUCAGCAAGAAUAAGAUAGAGACAUUUCCUAAUUCUGCACCUGAUGGCAGGGUAUAUGAGAAAGAGGAAAGAAGUGAAAGAGGAUUCAGGAAGGAAAAGAAGUUCAGGUUUUCAAAUACUGAGGUGGAGUCGAGACCUAAUGAUGCUACUUAUAAGUCGAACAACAAAGGUAGGAUGUCAGGAAUUUUCUUGUCAGACAUUAGAGAUCAUCCGGUCGAUGGUAUGGAAGAAGCCAGGAGAAAUGAUAAGGACCAGCAACUCCGAAAACAUAAAAAGAAGAUUGUUUCUGAACGGACAACGGAUGUUGUUUCAUUGAGGAGGGAUUUGGGAUCCGGACAGGUUUCAAUGGCAGCCAAUUCAAGCUCUUCAAAGGUUUCAGGAUCCAGUAAAACUAGAGCCAACAUUGAAGAAGUGCGAGGUUCUCCAGUGGAGUCAGUUUCUUCUUCUCCUUUGAGGACCUUUAAUUUAGACAACCUUACAUCGGCAGGAGGGGACAUUGCAGGGAAAGACGAUGCUAUGAAUAGUGUUCGCCCUGUGAUGGGUGAUUUCAGAAGAUGCUCGGAUGGGGAAAGGAAUGCUGAGAUCAAUCUGCCUGAGACAGUGAUUUGUCUUGAACCCCUUAAAUUUUCUGCACUAGAGUGUAUGGAUGGAGGUGCUAAUCACCAAUUAAGUGGUAAAGCCAAUCCUUCCCCUGACACUAGGAAUAGCCAUUUGCCUAAUGGUGAUGUUGAUAUGGUUGAGCAAAAUGUCCGGUUCCUCGGUGAUCUGCGUGCUCCAGAACAUAGCUGGGAUGAGGAUAGAGGGAAGAAGAAUUGCCAUGACAAGGCAGUUCUGCAGAAAGCUGAUAAGGGUACUGGUUUGCGAUCUAGGGGCAAGAGCAGAAGUUCCAUAUCUGAGUUUGAUGGAGAUAAGAUAAAGAUAUCUGAUCCAGUUAAUGAGUAUACAAAGAAGAGCCAGAGGAUUGACUUAGAGAUUGACUCUAAUCACCGAGUUCCUGUUCAUGAAACAACAGCUGAUGUUAAACACAGUUUUCCUAAAAAAACUAGCAUUAAGUUUCGCAAGGAUGAGAAGAAUCAUGCUUGUAAGGGGGAUCCUGUAGGACAAUGGUCAAGUGCGAGUCGAAUGGUUACCAAAUUAAAAGAAAAAGAGCCUGACGGUUUAGAUAUGAAACCGGGUGCUCAAUUUAGGAGUAAUGGGAAGCUUGCCCCCCAGCAUGGCUUGAUUCAGGACUUUGAGGGCGAAAAUAAAGCUGAUUCGACACAAAUGGAGCAAAGAGUUGGGAAAUCAAAGUUUUCACUUUCUUUUGGUGAAGGUAAACUAGAAAAAGUAUCCCUGGGUUGUGCACCUGUACCAGGACCCCAGAAGUUGAAUGGAGCUAUUCACGCACCUGGUGAUGUGUCAAAAACAUCAAAAGAUUCCGGGAAGGUUGAUAUUGCCAAUCAAGUUAAUCUUAGUUUGGGAAAUCUUCAGCCUGAUAGGCAAGGGGUCAGAGAUCUCAAAGCCUCAAGUCCCGGGAGACUAAUUUCCUCCAGCCAGACUGCUACAAACACCCUGAAAGAAGCCAAAGAUCUCCGAGACACUGCAGAUCGUCUAAAGAGCUCUUGCUUUGGUUUUGAAAGCAAUGAAGCUUACUUCCAAGCUGGCUUAAAGUUUCUUCACGGAGCUUUACUUCUGGAUAAUUGCAAUGGUGAGGGUGGCAGAAAUGAGGAGAUGAAUCCAAUUCAAGCAUAUGGCACUGCGGCUAAACUUUGCGAGCUCUGUGCACUUCAAUAUGAAGCACGCCAAGAGAUGGCUGCUGCUGCUUUGGCCUACAAAUGCUCAGAGGUGGCAUACAUGAAGGUGGUCUAUUGUAAACACUCUAGUUUGAACAGAGACCGGCAUGAAUUGCAAGCAACUUUACAUGUGGUUCCUCAAGGUGAAUCUCCAUCAUCUUCUGCUUCAGAUGUUGAUAAUUUAAACAAUCUGGCAACUGUGGAUAAGGGUAAUCUAUCUAAGGGUACCGGUUCUUAUGUUGCUGGAAACCAAAUAAUUGUUGCUCGAAACCGCCCUCAGUUUGUUCGACUGCUUGACUUCACGCAGGAUGUAGUUUUUGCAUUGGAGGCCUCCAGAAAGUCCCAGGAGGCUUUUGCAGCUGCCAACGUAAUCCUGGAAGAGGAACAAAAUAGGGAUUGUGUUACUUCUGUUAAGAGGGUCAUUGAUUUCAGCUUCGAAGACGUAGAGGAACUAGUACGUCUGGUUCGGAUUGCAAUGGAGGCCAUAAGUUGUUCAGGUUUUGGUGCUGCUAGAGACUAAGUCAACCCUGUAUAUAUACUGUUUUUCCCAGUUUUGUUUCCCCUAAUGAGGGGACAUUAGGAGAAGGGGAAAAAGAUGCCUACAUAAGCCUGCCCUGGGAAACCUACAUAGAGGCAGGUGGGUCACAAACGGUUCUUUACCCCUCUGUACAUGUGUACAAAGUGAGAUUGAUUAGCAAAUUUUGUAAUGUAUUUUGAAUGUUCACAUGGUUCUUGCCGAUAAGGGCAAAGCAUUCUCACCCUUUUAAGUUUCACGGGUUGGGAAAAGAGGCAUGGAAUUUUGACCAGUUUGGUAACCUAUUUUGGGGGUUAUGUAUUAGUUCAGUUAUAUAUAUAUUCUUUUUCCUCCAUUGAUCGGAGCUUGAGGAAAAGAAAACUAUAUAUUUAUAGAGAUUGGAAAUCUUUUAGGCAACCAUUUUAAAUAGGUUGAAUCUUGAUAUCAUGACGAUGACUGGUCAAUUUUCAGUCAAUUACCGUCUUUUUUUUUUAUUAAUUUUUUCAUCAUUUAUCAAUUUUUGAUGUAAUGGAAAUCCAAAUUUUUGUGGAAGUUUCCCCAUAUUAGUUGUAGAUUUUUCAAGCUUGAGCUUUUGUUUUAACUGACCCUGCCAGCUUUCCCUGUCAAGAAAUAGUAAAAAUCUCUGGGAUAUGUAAUCUUUCAUUUCAUCAAUGUGGCAUUAUCUGGGGGCUCCUUUUUCAAUCCUUCUCAAUUCAGUAAAUCUUUCAUUUUAGUUUCCAGUUGUUUCCUUCGGGAUUACUCAUAAAAAGAAAGCCAAAAAGUUGGUGGCCACUUAGAAGAAGAAGAAGAAGAAGAAGAAGAAGAAGAAGAUAUGGUGAGUGGCCCAAAUGUGGAUUAAUUUCUGUGGCUAAGGUUCGCAAAGUUUCAAUAUUUUAUUGCAAGGUUUGUUUAAUUGUUUUACUAAUGACUACUCAUUUGGAUUGUUCAUUUUACAUCUACAUGUCUGCUUUGUACCUGAAUCUCAGGGUGGUAUUGGAUUCUCUUUGCAACAAUUGAGUUAAUUGAUCUUGGAUGAGGAAGCAAAUUUUGCAGUUCUUGCUAGCAGUUCUGCUGCACAGACAUGUAAGGGCUUGAGCUAUAUUGUCUUAUUUUUAUUUAUUUAUUUUUGCACAAUAACUGUGGCAUUUCUCAUAGGGAUUGAAAAAAAAGUAGGUUUAUAUGAGAUGAUUGGAGGUAUUUUUUACCUCAUAGUUUUGUCCUUUUGUGUUGGGAUAUAGUUUGUGAUUUGUGUUCAAUUAUUUCUUCAGGCAUAAUUGAUCUUUGCACAAGGUUGACUAUUUCUCCCUCUUAAUUCAGUUUUGAUUGAACCGGAUAUUAUGUAGUCGCAACAUUUUAUGUCCUGUGGCGAAUAAGUUUAUAAUUCUGUAGUUUAUAAUUCUGUAUUUUGAAGAAAGUUUAAAUGUAAUUGUAAUGGUUGGGGGGAGUUCUCCAGAAAUUUCUGAUUUGAGGUGGGCAGGGGCAACCGGAUCAUUUUUUGGCAUGACUUGUAGUGUGGGGAUGAGGCCUUGAAGAAUGCUUUCCCCUCUCUCUUUAGAAUUGCUUUGGAUAAAGGCGCGUCUGUGGCUGAUUACAUGGACAACACUGCUGGUUUUAUUAGAUACGUCCAAGAUUGGGAGGUGGGGGACAUUACCGAUUUUUACAGCUAGCUCUAUGCUUUAAAUAUAAAAUCUGGAAGGAGAUAGAUUACUUUGGAAUCAGUUUGGUAAUAAGAAAUUCUUGGUUAGAUCUUUGUACAAGGUCUUGGCGUCACAUUCUCAUUCUGCUUUUUUUCCUUGGAAAAAUAUUUGGAGAUUCAAAGUGCCUCUCAAGGUGGCUUUCUUUGGGUGGUUGGCUUCUCACAGGAAAAUUCUUACUGUUAAUAAGCUGAGAAAGCGCGACAUCGUUGCAAUGGAUUGGUGUUUUAUGUGUAAAAGGUGUGGAGAAUCGGUGGAUCGCCUUCUUUUCCAUUGUGAUGUGUUGAAGGCUUUGUGGGAUGAGGUCUUUGCUAAGCUUGGAAUUGCUUGGCAAGCAGCUGCAAGUGCUGAUGAUCGGCUUUCUCAUAGACCUUGCCUGUUUCUUUCUAUUUUCCUUCAUGUAUCAUUCAUUUCCUCAUAAAUUGAAAUAAAAGCACAAUGUUAUCCUUGA